AUGAACGGGGAUCUCAGUCUCUCCCAGUCGCUGGGAGGACUUCGGAUAGCCAAUCCAGAUGAUUCGCCUCUUGCGACCGCGGAUUCACCGGGGACCAAUCCACUCGGACGCCCGGGCGGUUCAGUAUCAACACAGAAUUCCAACGACGACCGCACUUCAGAAUUUCCUCCUGCACCUAUCGAAGUCCCUACCGUAGAGGACCGAUCUUUCGUUCCCGAACCACAGCCUGUGCCAACAUAUCAGCCGUACUCGGCUCCGCUCUCAACACCUCCAAACCCCAACCGACCCCUUUCCUCCGUAUACGCGAAUGGUUCGGCCACCUCGGUCCUCCCCCGUGACAAUACCUACCGCAUAAGAACCGACUCAGGUGCCUCGUCCCAAUCUAGCUCUCAGGCGCGGGUAGACACCCGAGGAGGCUCAUCGGCUUUGCAUGCCGGUGUUCUAGCGCGCGACAACUCCCACAGCGACCGGUCCUACCGAACCGCCCAGAUCCCCGGCAACGGUCCGGCGGUAAUGCGCCAGACGUCUCGAGCACAUGCAAGAAGUGGCGGCGCCGCAUCUCAGAUGUCUCGAACUUCCUACAUGGAGAAUGGGCCGAUGCCCAGCAGCGAGGAUUGGCAGGAGCGCGGUGCGGCGGUUUCUGUGAGGCAAGAGGUGGAUGCCAACGGUAAAACAGUCUCCCGCUAUAUCAAGAAGGGAGUUCGGGAUUUCUCCUUUGGGAAUACUCUCGGAGAGGGCUCUUACAGUACCGUCGUGUUUGCGACGGAUCGCCAGACGUUGAAGGAGUACGCGAUCAAGAUCCUUGACAAGCGACACAUUAUCAAGGAGAGGAAGGUGAAAUACGUCAACAUUGAGAAGGAUACUCUUAACCGUUUGACCGAUCACCCGGGCAUUGUGCGGCUCUAUUAUACCUUCCAGGAUGAGCAAUCGCUAUAUUUCGUGCUGGACUUGUGCAAAGGAGGAGAGUUGCUUGGUACACUCAAGCGGAUGACAACAUUUGACGAGGAGUGCACGAGGUUCUACGGUGCCCAGAUCCUAGAUACGAUAGACUAUAUGCACAAGCGCGGUGUCAUCCACCGAGACUUGAAGCCGGAAAAUGUCUUGCUUGACAGCGGGAUGUAUGUCAAAAUAACUGAUUUUGGAACGGCCAAGAUCCUCAAAACCUCGCGACGAACGGAGUCAAACUCAAACGGUCUUCCCCCUAUGGACAACGAGGUCCCCGAGGAAGAGCGUGCGAGUUCCUUUGUCGGUACUGCGGAAUAUGUCAGUCCCGAGCUAUUGACAGACAAGAACGCCUGCAAGGCCAGUGAUCUAUGGGCGUUUGGGUGUAUCAUUUACCAGCUGUUGGCCGGUCGUCCUCCCUUCAAAGCUGGCAAUGAAUAUCAGACUUUCCAGAAAAUCGUGGGAUUAGAUUACGAGUUCCCCAUCGGAUUCCCUUCCAUCGCUCGUGAUCUCGUCGAACGUCUUCUGGUCCUGGAUCCUGCUCGACGUCUUCAAAUUGAACACAUCAAGAACCACCAAUUCUUCGAAGGUAUCACCUGGGGCCCGGAUCUCUGGAAACAAAAAGCUCCUCGUCUGAAGUCUUAUGUGCCUCCUGCACGCGAUCCUAUCAAGCUCAACGGCGGUGAAAGUGGUGAGAAUGCACCGCCAGUCGUUUCAACCGCACCUUCCAAUGCCCCCAAUGCCAGCAACCGCCAGCUCCCACGGGUAGUAACCGAGCUGCCUCCGCCGAGUCAGCUGGACAUCGAAUGGUCCCCAGUGCUCAGCAAGAACAAUGAACGCAUUUUGAAACUAGGCAAUCUGGUAGUUCUUUCAUCUGCUGCCUCGCACAGCCCAACUUCCAAAAACAGCAGUGGUGAGUUCGAAGCCCCUAAGAAGUUCUCUCGUUUCUUCUCCGGAAGUGCCACCAAGAAGCGACAGCGACUGGUCAUGGUCACUUCAUCUGGGCGGAUCAUCCUGGCUGCGUCUGGUGGUGAUGAUAAGAAGGUUAAGCUUGAGAUUCCUCUCUUGGCUUCAGGAACGCAUUACCGGAGCACGACUGACUCCAAAGGACACUCAUCCUGGAUUGUGGACACGAGAGAAAAACACUACGUCUUCGAGGACCCCAAGGCCUCAUCUGGCGCCACAGCAGUUCAGGCCCAGGAAUGGCUGGACGCCUUGGACAGAUCCCGAGAAAUGGCGUCAUUGCAACAAAGCGCCGGUGGCUUCGGCGAUGAUUUCCAAAAUCUCUCAUCAGGCUUUCCCAGUCCCGCCAACACACUAGACCGCACCUCCGACAUGCAGAAAGAUGAGAGAGGGCCACCCUCAUCCGGCCGGAACCAUCUGGUGAAACACCAGGCCACCGACUCCGAGUCAACAAAAGGAAGAAAGAGAUUCAGCAAGCGCCACUCAAAGAAUGGUCUUGCCGCCGUCUUCUAG